AGCGUUUAGAGGUAUGGUGGUAUCUGCUGUUGGAACUGUGGCCAGGUAGAGACGUGAAGGGGUUAUCGUUUCGUUGAGUUGGAAUAGCAUUAUCUGUGAUACAUAAACAAUAGGGCACGGUUUUUACCAUUGAUCCACAAAUUAGCGUAAAUGCAUAAUAAUUGAAGAAACGUCCAUUUCUGUGCAUAAGGCAAAUGGCUAUUGGCCGUCUGUGAUACUAAUUAGGCCUAUUUGUUAAUUUAUUGCUAAGUGUUUCAUUGCCUGCUGAGCAAAAUUUUUGUGUGUACGCCUUACUCACUGCCAAAUGUUGACUAUGUGACUUAAAUGGAUAUUUUUGAUUCGAGUGUAUGAAGAACGGGAGACUAUAAAGAGUGAACAGAAUCCGUACAGGAAUAGUUGGAUCGCAAACAUAAAAAUCAAAACUGACGCCUGAAUUCGUGACCAACGGAUAUUCAUACGAUUCAUACGAACAGGUUUUGAGUCAGUUGAUUGCCAAGGGACUAUACUUCUGACGUUUGCUGCAUUCGAAGAUGGUUGAAUGGUUUACUUGAACACCACCUUUGCCAAAGUUAACGUCGUAUUCCAGAGUGCCUUCUACAAUUUGCUGCGGUUAGCCCAGUUGAAAGAGCGAGGGGUUGCAAAUUAUCAUGACUGUUGAGCUUCACCCGUGGGAGGCCGGCUGAAGGCAGAGCCAGGAUGAUUGAGAGUGUUUCUCGCCGCGCAUUUAGUGGUUCAAGUGGCACUUACAAUGUUCGGGCAUCAGAAUUGGCACGGGAUCGACGACUUAAAACCCUAAGUGCUACUGUAGUUUUUCUAGAUGAUACUCAACACUGCUUUCAGAUAGAGAAACGUGCCAAAGGCCAUGUUUUGCUGGAGUUGGUGUAUCAACAUCUUGAACUAAUUGAGAAAGACUAUUUUGGUCUUCAGUUCUCAGACAAUGGAAUGCCUCUCACUGCAGCGAACUCUGAUGCCAUGCGGUGGGUCGACCCUUUAAAGCCAGUGAAGAAACAGAUUCGAGGUGGUCAUUUCUAUUUCCGAGUGAAGUUCUAUGUGUCUGAUCCAAGCAAGCUUCAGGAGGAGUAUACUCGUUAUCAUUUUUACCUUCAGAUCCGUAGGGACAUCUUGCAAGGCCGUUUGCAUUUGCCAGCCAGUACAGCUUGCCUGCUUGCCAGCUAUACCGUGCAAUCUGAGCUUGGUGACUACCAGGCUGACGAACAUGGGCCUGGCUACUUGUCAACUCUCCAGCUCAUGCCUGGACAGACAGAGGAAAUGGAGAAGAAAAUAGCAGAGCUUCACAAACUUCAUAAGGGACAGACACCAGCAGAUGCAGAGUUCAACUUCUUGGACCAUGUGAAGCGACUUGACAUGUAUGGAGUUGAUCUGCAUCGCGCCAGGGUAAGGGAUACAACAAAUAAGGAUAUACAUCUUGGUGUUACUUCAAUGGGUCUGGUAGUAUUUCAGAAUAAUGUCCGCAUCAACACCUUUUCUUGGUCCAAGAUUGUUAAAAUCUCAUUCAAGAGGAAGGAGUUCUUUAUCCAGCUCCGCAGGGAACUGUCUGAGAAUUAUGAUACUCUACUUGGAUUCAAUAUGGUGACAUAUCGGUCGUCGAAAAACCUAUGGAAGUCCUGCGUAGAACAUCAUACAUUCUUCCGUCUUCACUCUCCCCAAAUUCAAGGCCGUCGCUUCCCAUUCACCCUUGGCUCGAAGUUCCACUACUCAGGCCGCACUGAGUUCCAGACUGUGGAAGAAGGCCGACAGCGGGCACGGUUGCAGAGGCAUUUCAUAAGGUCUCCAAGUAAGAGACUAAUGCUCCAGACAGUGCCACCUCCAGUAGAGGAGAAGGCCAAGUACGUGCCGCCACCUGCCCGUCCUCCUCGUCCAUAUGAUAACAAAGUAACAUCUCUAGGAGCCAGAGAACCUCGGAGAGCAUGGGGAGAGGCAGCACAUCCGUCUGAUGAUGAAGGCGGGUUUCUCGACCGAGGUGAGGAACUACCUCCAUUCUCACCUGUGUUGCCAGCCCGUGGUCCUCCCUAUGCUGAUGAGGAUAUAGUGUCUGAGAGAACUGCCAGCCCUCCACUGUAUGCAGUUCCACCAUACACUGAAGCACAGGCAGCAGAAGAAGGAUUGGUUCUAAUCAGGAUCACUCCUGAUGAACAAGGGAGGUUUGGAUUCAAUGUGAAGGGUGGUUCAGAUCUGAAUAUGCCCAUUCUGGUGUCACGAGUUGUCCCUAAUACUCCUGCAGACCGCUGCUACCCAAAGUUGAAUGAGGGUGAUCAAGUGCUCUUCAUAAACCACCAUGAUGUUUCUGGCAUGAUGCACGAGCAGGUAGUGAACCUGAUUCGAGCAUCCAGGGAUUCUCCCCCGGGCGAGCUGAUACUCAUGGUAAAACCCAGUGCUGUGUAUGAAGCCCGUGACGAAGAAGAGCCGCCAUAUCAGUAUGUUCCUGACUUGCCCCAUGUGACUGCUGUAGCCGAUCGGGCAGAUGCCUUAGCAGAGUCCAUGUUGCUUCUUGCAGAUGGUCUGGCCAGCGGAGCGCUAGUCGCACAAUUUGAACAGCUGUAUCGUAAGAAACCAGGCCUGCUAACAGAUGAAGCCAAGAAGAGUGAAAAUCAGAACAAGAAUAGAUACCGAGACAUUUCUCCAUAUGAUGUAACCAGAGUUAUACUUAUGGGAGGAACAUCUGGAGACUACAUUAAUGCCAAUUAUGUCAACAUGGAAAUUCCUGGUUCAGGCAUCAUAAACAGAUACAUUGCGACUCAAGGUCCACUUCCAAACACUGUUGUAGACUUCUGGCAGAUGGUUGUAGAAGCACAGAGCACCCUGGUGGUGAUGGUGACACCCCUUGUUGAGCGAGGACGAACAAAAUGUCAUCAGUAUUGGCCUACCCUGCUGCAGACCUUAGAACUGGGCCAUUUGCAUGUUACUUGCACAAAGGAGGAGGUAGAACCAACAGGCAGCUUUGUGUUUAGGGAGUUUCGGCUAACCAACUUGGAGACUGAAGAAGAGCGGCACAUAAGCCACAUGCAGUACCUCGCCUGGCCUGACCAUGGUGUACCAGAUGACUCUCUUCAAUUCCUGGGGUUCACAGAAAGGGUUCGAAAGGCAAGAGUGGGCAUGGUGGAGCCGACAGUAGUCCAUUGUUCAGCUGGUAUUGGACGUACUGGAGUGCUGAUACUGAUGGAGACUGCAAUGUGUCUUAUAGAAGCUAAUGAACCCGUGUACCCACUCGACAUCGUACGGGCAAUGCGAGAUCAGAGGACCAUGAUGAUACAGACAGCUAGCCAGUAUCGCUUUGUAUGUGAAAGUGUCCACAGAGCCUACAGUGAAGGAAUUGUGAAGCCACUUCCAGAGUUCCACAGGUGAGACAGGAACACACACUAGGUUGUAAUUACAUACAGGAAACUUGUCAUCAGCCCAUAUACUCUGCUUAACGGGAUUCUCACCAUUCACUCUCUGCCUACAGUUCCAUAAAUUUUUUUUUACCAGCAGCUGUUGCUGGUGCUACUUGUGAUCAUAUUUAAUAUAUUUCUAUUCUGUAAUGUUUGAAUGUGGAAUGUUAGGAAACACCAAAACAAAAAAAUAAAGACUAACCCUUAUGUUUAAUGCUAAAAGCAUUAUUCAAAUUUACAUUAUUCAAUAGUAACGUUGAACAUGAUAGCAGUAUGUGCAAUUUGUAUAUGAACUUUCCUUGUCACUAUUUAAGUAUCUGUGUGUUUUUAGAUGGUUAUAAGAUGAAGUAUACUGUUAUGCUGUUUGUUUGGAUUAUGCCUUAACAUGAUUAUAAAUUGAUAUCAUGAUGCAACCAACAUUGCCAGUUUCAUAACAGAGGCCUUACAACACAGUUGUCACUAAAACUUUUGUAACUUGCACCUUUCUUUGUGAUGCUUCUUCACUGGAUGUUUUUAUGUCAUUAUACUCCUAAUUGGAAUAUUUACACUUUUAAGAAAAUAAUUUUUUUGUUUUUAUGAACAAAUGGUAAUUUUUAUAUAUUAAAAUGUAACCUGAUCACAUACAGUACUGUUGCAAGUCCAAAAAAUGAAACAUUACUUUAAAAUAAUGUUCAUUUGUAAAGUAUGUAAUGACAAACACUAUUGAAUAAAACCAUGUCCGUCGUCCGGUGUGGUAGGUGAGAUUGCUUAUGAUUUUAUAAAGUAUUUUGCAAGUAACAGGACGUGAUAUAUGUUUCCAUCCACUGUACACACUGUCACACAUUCUGUGCUACAUUUAAAGUUUCUGAAUUUGAUUUUGUGGCUCAUCAUUAAUUGAUGCAUCAUUUGUGAAUAAAGUGAUAGACGCAAAACUUAUGUACGUUCCAAUCGUGAUACUACAACAGUCUGUAAAAUUCAUAAAUAUGCUGUUCUGACAGAUACUCGCAAUAUACAGUGUCGAAAUCUGUAACUGCAUGUCCGUCCCUGAAAUUCCAAUUACGUAUAAUACAGUAUAGCAUGAUGGUUAAAAAAGAUUCUGUUAUUGCGAUAUUUAUUCAUCUUUGAAACGAUUGUCACAGAGAUAUGAAAACAACGAAGAAUAAUUUAACUGUCUUAUCAUUAUUAGGAUUAUCUGACCUGAAAAGUUAAAAUUUUUCUUGAACUUAACAUGACCUCUGCAUGCUCACAACAGAGAGCUAAUUAUGAACCAUGCUCUCUCUACAAGCAAAUGUGCAGCUCAUUAUUUGUUUGUUAGAUGCCUGCAUCUCCCAUCCACAUUCUGCUCGCUGUUUGUUGUACAGCUCAUGCAUACAUGUGAAAAUAAAGUUAAACUUGAGUAACGCAUAACACAUGAUGUAGUUAAAACCACAUCAAUAGUUGUGUAUAUAGACUGUGUUACAGGUUCGAAAUGCUAUGACUGGAAUACACACAGAUUUGUGACAUUAUGUAUAUGAAGGUUGAUUGUGAGUCAGCCAUUGUACUUGGCUGUAAGCUACAUUACAGUAAUGGCAUGUAAACUGUACAUGUAACUGUAACUAGUAACUAGUUUUGUAAAAUAAUUCAAUAGGCCACGCCAUAGCUCAAGUGGUUAGUCGCUGGCU